CGGGGCGGGAGGAGGAGGAGGUGGGAAGGGCUCUAGCUGAGACCGACCGGAGCGGGAGGGAGGUGGGGCCAGUCCACUCCGGCCUUGCCGAUCCCCGGGGCCUCCUCCAACUUUGCCCAAGUCGGAGGAUCCUGGGAGACCGAGGUCCGGAGUGGGAAUCGGGCGAGAGCGAGGUUCUGGGCCGGGACACCCUCCGCGUCACCGAGCCCGGAGGCCAACCAGAGUUUCCCAGCAACUUUUCUCGCUGGAGCUGUGAAAAGUGCCUUCCACCAAUCUGAGCUGUGAGUGGCCAGUGAAGAGAGGCCCAGGCAGGAAGCCAGCCCCACCAUGAGCCUGUGGGAACUUGAAGACCGCCGCAGCUGCCAGGGGACCCCCAGGCUGGCCCAGGAGCCCACGGCCGAGGAGGCAACGACUGCAGAACUGCAGAUGAAGGUUGACUUCUUCCGGAAGCUGGGCUACUCAUCUGCAGAGAUCCAUAGUGUCCUGCAGAAGCUGGGCGUCCAGGCAGACACCAACACAGUGCUGGGGGAGCUGGUGAAACAUGGGUCAGUGGCCGAGCGGGAGCGCCAGGCAUCACCAGACCCCUGCCCUCAGCUGCCUCUGGUCCCCCGGGGCGGGGGCACACCCAAGACUUCCACCGUGGAGACUUCUCCACCCGAGGAAGACAAGGAGGGCAGUGACCUGAGACCCGUGGUCAUCGAUGGGAGCAACGUGGCCAUGAGCCAUGGGAACAAGGAGGUCUUCUCCUGCCGGGGGAUCCUCCUGGCAGUGAACUGGUUCCUGGAGCGGGGCCACACAGACAUCACCGUGUUCGUACCAUCCUGGAGGAAGGAGCAGCCUCGGGCAGAUGUGCCCAUCACUGACCAGCACAUCCUGCGGGACCUGGAGAAGAAGAAGAUCCUGGUGUUCACGCCGUCGCGGCGGGUGGGCGGCAAGCGGGUGGUCUGUUACGACGACCGCUUCAUUGUGAAGCUGGCCUUCGAGUCGGACGGCAUCGUGGUCUCCAACGACACGUACCGGGACCUGCAGGGCGAGCGGCAGGAGUGGAAGCGCUUCAUCGAGGAGCGGCUGCUCAUGUACUCCUUCGUCAAUGACAAGUUCAUGCCCCCCGAUGACCCCUUGGGCCGUCACGGGCCGAGCCUGGACAACUUCCUGCGUAAGAAGCCACUCACUGCGGAGCACAGGAAGCAGCCGUGUCCCUAUGGGAGGAAAUGCACCUACGGGAUCAAGUGCCGAUUCUUCCACCCCGAGCGACCAAGCCGGCCCCAGCGCUCCGUGGCUGACGAGCUCCGCGCCAACGCCCUGCUGCCACCCUCCAGGGCCACGAGCAAGGACAAAAGUGGCCGGCGGCCUUCACCCUCCUCUCAGCCCGGCUCUCUGCCAACAGAGCAGGAGCAGUGCAGCCCGGACGGGAAGAAGCUGGGGGCCCAGGCCUCCCCCGGAGCCCCCCGGGAGGGCCUGAUGCAGACCUUCACCCCGACAGGCAGGAGCCUCCCACCUGGUGGGAGCGGCAGCGGCAGCUUUGGGCCCUCGGACUGGUUCUCGCAGACCCCGGACUCGCUCCCCUACACCUCCCAGGACUGCCUGGACUCGGGCAUCGGCUCCCUGGAGAGCCAGAUGUCAGAACUCUGGGGAGUUCGAGGAGGGGGCCCUGGCGAGCCGGGCCCGCCUCGGGGCCCUUAUGCCGGCUACCGCACCUAUGGGGCAGAGCUCCCCGCCACCCCGGCCUUCUCGGCCUUCAGCCGGGCCCUGGGUGCCGGCCACUUCAGCGUCCCCGCUGACUACGCGCCCCCGCCGGCCGCCUUUCCACCUCGGGAAUACUGGUCUGAGCCAUACCAGCUGCCCCCACCCACCCCAGGCCUGCAGGAGCCCCGGGCGCCGGGCCCAGGGGCUGAUAGGGGCCCCUGGGGCGGGGCAGGCAGGCUGGCGAAGGAGCGAGCCAGUGUGUACACUAAGCUGUGUGGAGUCUUCCCCCCACACCUGGUGGAGGCCGUGAUGGCGCGCUUCCCGCAGCUCCUGGACCCCCAGCAGCUGGCUGCCGAGAUCCUCUCCUACAAGUCCCAGCACCUCAGUGAAUAAAGCCGGCCCGGCCGCCCUGGGGACAGCACCUCUGAGAGCUGCCAGGCUGGGCCUGGGCCCUUGAGCAGCCCGGCCCCGAGGCCCACUGCAAGAGGCCGGACAGAGGGAGGACUCGAGUAGGGAAGGGAACCCCAAACCAAAGAUCCUGUAGGAUUGCUUCUGGCCCUUCUGGCCGCCCCUGCCCGAGGGGUCAGGAGCGAUCAGCCUGUUGAUGCACAUUGUAUCUGUAGUUUCAGGAGACGCUGCCAGUAACGGCUGUCAGUCCGUGGCUGAGGCCCAAACCCUCCUUUCUCUCAGAGGGCGGGGAGGGAGGCAGGGGGGAGCAGAGGCCUGGGCUGGGGGCCCUGUGCACGCCACCCCCACCUCCGCCCCGCCCCUGGGACGCCGGCCUUGGCUGGCUCGUUGGGCACCGUGUGCCCGCCCUCCGUGGGCUCUCCUCUUAAGCCAAUGAGGCCUCAUCCGCGCUCACUGUGCGGUACGCGGCUUCAUGUUAGUAAGCAAGAUGCUUCUUAAUAACCCACCUCCGUCCCACUCUGUGCGCCUGACCCCGUGCCUGCAGGGGUCCAGGGCAGUCUGUCCCACCCUCUCCGCCCCCACUUCCUCUGUAUUCAGAGCCGUCUCACCCUUCCCCAAGGUGGGUGGACAUGUAUACGUUUGUGUACAGGUAUAAACGUUAAAUAUUUUACACGGAAAGCCCUUGCCUCUCUUCACACUUCAAUAAAGUACAAUGUGAGCGCUCUAA